UGCGACAUCCAGUCCGGCCCGCUUACUUUCUUCGCAUUCCUUCGCGGCACCAAAUCUCAGGCCAAAUACAGCCACCCAAGCCAGAAGCUCCACAUUGUAAGCUCGGCUCCAUCACUAUGGGAUUCGGAACGCCCUGCUUAUCGCUGCCAAGACGGGCCAUGUUCGACGUUGGGGGCACAGCAGCUUCGCAUGUGUGGGCGUCAAAGGCGGGCAGGGGCUCAACGGCCGCAUCAAUCUCGGUCCCUUGAAAUUGGCGAAAUGGCGUGAAAGAACAUGUGGGAAGAUAUUUCAGCCUGGAGAGCCCCCGCCCAUUUCGUCUUUGCUUUACAGAGUACCCUAGACGUUCCAGUUCUGGUCCAUAUACUGACGUCCUUUCAAUCAUGGAGCCACCACCUACCCCCGAGUUCGAUCCGGCGAAGCCCAAUGGCGGCAAUCCGGAUGUCGAGAAUAUCAACCUCCAGUAUACGGGCCUGGAGUUCCACUACAUCUACCUCAUGAUCAUGGCCUUCCUUGUGUUCCUGAUCAUACCUGGAAUUGGUUUCCUCUACUCUGGUCUAGCGCGCCGGAAGUCCGCACUCUCCAUGUUAUUCCAAAGUUUUGCAGUCAUGGGAGUUGUCACCUUCCAGUGGAUGUUCUGGGGCUACACGCUCGCGUAUUCUCGCACUGCCAGUCCGUUUAUUGGUAAUAUGGACAACUUCGGCCUCAAGAAUGUCAUGUCUGCGCCAUCUCCCGGUUCGUCAUUCUUGCCCGAAAUCGUCUUUUGUCUCUAUCAGAUGCUCUUCUGCGCAUGCACUGUGCAGCUUGUCAUUGGUGGAUCAUUUGAACGUGGUCGUAUUCUACCUUCAAUGGUCUUUGCCUUCUGUUGGGCGACUAUCGUGUACUGCCCAAUUGCUUGCUGGACAUGGAACGCAAAUGGUUGGCUAUUCAACCUUCCCUCACUUGACUUCGCCGGUGGCGGUCCCGUUCACAUCGCGUCCGGCUGGUCCGCCCUCGCGUACGCUUUCGUUCUGGGCAAGCGUCUACACAAAGGUGACAAGAUUCACGGAAAGGCCCAUAACCCCACGCUUGUCUUUAUAGGCACUGUAUUCAUCUGGUUUGGGUGGUUCGGCUUCAACGGAGGCAGUGCUCUCAACGGUACCGUCCGCUCGAUGCUGGCUGCGUUCAACACCAACACCGCCGCUAGUUUUGGCGUGCUCGGUUGGGUAUCGGUGGAGUACGUCCGUACUAAGGGUCACUUUUCCGUGGUCGGUGCUUGCUCAGGAGCCAUUGCUGGACUUGUCGGCAUCACUCCUGCUGCAGGUUACGUUUCUGUUUGGAUUGCUGCCCUCAUCGGCUUUCUUACUGCCGCUAUCUGUUCUCUUUGCCAGAACGUCGACAAGUGGAUCAAGAUCGACGAAGGCAUGGAUGUCUUCAAGCUCCACGGAAUUGGUGGCAUGGUUGGUUCAUUCCUCACUGGCAUUUUCGGCCAAGCCUGGAUCUACGACCUUGACGGUAUGGGUCCCUACGACGGCCUCGGCGGCAUGGACGGUGUGGGCGUUCAGAUCGGUCGCCAAUUGGCCGAGAUUGUCGCCAUCGCCUCUUAUUCUUUCGUCGUCUCUUGCAUUCUUCUGUACAUCCUGAAGUUCAUUCCUGGCAUGCACCUUCGCGUCACUUCAGAGGCUGAGAUGAUGGGUCUGGACUACGAUCAGUUUGGUGGCGAGCAGAUUGGCGACUGGAGCAUAAUGGACCAGAACCACUACGAGGCGAAUGUCAGCAGCUCAAGCAGCCAGAAUGUGCCUACAUCUGUUCCUGCGGCAGCGGUCGGCAAGCAAUCGUAAGAGUUGGCGGUAUUCGCUUAGUACUAGGUGGUGGCGCAGCGCGAGCGGCGCCGCAGUUGACUGUUAAAAUUGCAUAACAAUAUCAAGAGGAAAGCUCUUCCGCUGAAGAUCAUUACACGGUGUAGACAGAGGCUUUCCCUAUCUCAUAAGUUCAUCGUUCAUAGGAGCAUUAAUUGUCAUUCAUUCCAUAGCCUCGACUACACGUAUUAUACGAGUAUUCAUGCCAAAAACGGG